AUGAAUUUUGAGAGACGAUCUAUAAUACUGAUCUGGGGAAGUGAGCAAAAGCUGUGCUCGUGCAGCCUUCGAGGGACCUCCUUGACGCUCGCCCAGCUCAUCCUGGUAGUGUGCCCUGCCUUUCUUUUAUUUGGCUACAAUCAAACAAAUGUUGCUGGACUGGCCACUCUUCCUGACUGGGUCGAACGUUUCCCUCGCAUCGAUACGUCUACAACCCACGGUGCCCAAAGAAGCGACAAUGCCACUAUCCAGGGGGUGGUUCUCGAGGCGUCGGCAUUCCAGCUUGCCCAGCUGAUUGUCGGUCGAACUAUCCUGGGCAUGGGUCAUGUUGUCUUGGACGGCGUUCUCAUCUCAUUGGGGUACGUGCUACAGGCGUGGAUCAAUCUGAGCUUCUAUCAGUUCAAACCUGGCCCCAUCACCUGGCGACCUGCAGUCGCAAUCCCCAUUUUCUUUUCUCUUAAUCGAGUACAGGCGGCGUACACCACUCUGGCAGCGCUCAAGGAUGAUACGGAAAAUUCGACCCAAAUUCACUGGGAGAUCACAGCCAUGCAGGUAUCUCUGGAGGAAACCCGCCACACAACAGCGUCAUUGUUAGAUCUUCUACGCAUGGGCGAAGACCGACUGCUAUAUCGUUUUGGUCUCUGCAUCCUCCUGCAAUUCUAUCAACAAAUGUCAGGCGGUAAUUUGAUCUCGGUCUACUCGACUACUAUCUUCGAGUCUGGUCUGAGAAUGGAUUCGGAAACAGCCCGUAUUCUGAGCGGAGGCACCCUGACCUGGAAGCUUCUUACUUGCUUUAUAGGGUUCUUCGCUAUUGAUCGAUUUGGACGCCGCUUUGUACUUAUAAUCAGUGGUACCGGCAUGGCCACGUGCAUGAUGGGAUCAGCUAUUGCGACAUCUUUUCCAACGUCAAACUAUGGCGCACGGGUAGUCAGUGUGCUGUUUGUGUUCCUGUUCAACUUUUUUAUUCCGAUUGGAUUCCUGGGAGUCAAUUUCUUGUGCUGCACUGAAGUGUCCCCGACGCGGUUGCGGGUGGCGAUGUCUAGUAUCCCGACUGCGAACCACUGGCUGUGGAACUUCGCUGUCACGAUGAUUACGCCCGUGGCCAUCGACACGAUCGGGUACCGAUAUUACAUCGUGUAUACAUGUGUAGGAUUCUGCAUUCCAAAAUCUGUAUAUUUUCUCUAUCCGGAGAUCGCGGGACGAUCCCUCGAAGACAUCGAUAGAAUGUUCCGCGAUAGCCCAAGCGUGCUGUCGUGCGUCAAGUACAUGAAGGGGGUCGAUCAGUCCGUUAUCGAUGAUGUGGAAGGAAAAAGAAUGGUCAAGCAUCGAGAGUCAAUGUAGCUAGUACUUAUUCCAGCCAUGGCUUGAUGUCUUCAAGAUACUAGUACAGCUUCUUCGCACACAUUCCCAACCCGUGUAGUUAUUCCUUACCUCUUGCAAUAUAUUGUGCUUAAACAAUGAUUAUUAUGUCGAAUAUCACAUAUGAUCAUCACUCAUUCGAGCAGAACGAAGAGUAAUUUGCAGCAUACUACCAGAAAGCCAUGACAGCAAGCGCUAUGCCUCGAGUUGCCGUGUUGUCAGUGGUCUGGAGACAGCAGAGACCGUUAAAGCUGUUCGCGACCAGAUCGAA